GACCUUCUGCCGCACGUCCCUGCCACCGCUGGGGUUUCUGUUUUAUUUUCCUGGAGGGGGAAGGGGGGGGGAAACCCAAACCAACAUGGUCUCCCCAUGUCCUCUGUUCCCCUCUUCCCUCUUCCCCCUUCUGUCAUCUCAGUAGGAAUCGGCUUUUUCUUGCCCUGCCCAGAGCUUUGUUCUCCUCAGACUCAGACAAGACUCCAGGAAGGAAGCCAGGAUGGAUUACAGCUCCCUCAGCGGAGUCCCCCGGUUCCUGACCAGGCCCAAGGCGUUCAUGGUGUCCGUGGGGAAGGAUGCCACCCUGAGCUGCCAGAUCAUCGGAAACCCCAUCCCAGUCGUCAGCUGGGAGAAGGAUAAACUGCCAGUCCAGUCUGGGGGGAGGUUUAAAACCACGGAGGAUGGGGAUCUCUAUCGGCUCACGAUCUAUGACCUGAGCCUGGAGGACAGUGGCCAGUACAUCUGCCGGGCCAAGAACACCAUCGGGGAGGCCUUUGCUGCCGUCAGCAUCAAGGUGGGGGAGGAGACCACGGUGACAGAGCAGGCCCCUUACUUCAUCCAGAGACCCUCCAACAUCAAGGUAACCCUGGGAGAAGAUGCCAUGUUCAAGUGCAAGGUCCAGGGUAGCCCUCCCCUCUCGGUGAACUGGGAGAAGGAUGGGAGGCACCUGCGGAACCAGGCGGACGCCGGGCGCUUCCAGAUCGAGUCCGCUGGGGAGUCCAACGCUCUGACCAUCCAGUGUGCCCGGCUGGGGGACAGUGGCACCUACACCUGCCGGGCAGAGAACCUCAUCGGCUCCGCCAGCGCCUCGGCCGCGCUGGUGGUGGAGACACACGGCUCCUCCAACCCGGGCAGCAGUGCCAACUUCGACUCCAGCUGCGGGAAGACGGCGUCCUUGCUGUCCCACCUGCAGAAGAGGCGGGAGGAGAUCAGGAAGAUGGACGUCUCCCACGGCACUCUGGACUUGACCUCUGCCCAGUCUUACUCCGAAGGGUUGUCUGGCAUCGCCUACGGGCUCUCCCGGGAUUACGAGCGGGCGGCGGGGCUCUCCAAGGGGGCUCGGAACGCCACCUUUGGGGCGCUGACGCGCACGUGCAGCGUCACGGAGGGCAAGCACGCCAAGCUGAGCUGCUACGUGACGGGGGAGCCCAAGCCGGUGAUCGUGUGGAAGAAGGACAACGAGGUCAUUUCGGAGGGGCGGCGGCACGUCAUCUACGAGGAUGACCAGGAGAACUUCGUGCUGAAGAUCCUCUUCUGCAAGCAGGUGGACAACGGGCUGUACACCUGCACGGCCUCCAACCUGGCGGGCCAGACCUACAGCUCCGUGCUCGUCACCGUCAAAGAACCCGCCAUACCCUUCAAGGAAAAACUGAAGGACCUCGAGGUGAGGGAGAAGGAAUCUGCCACCUUCCAGUGCGAGGUGCCCGUUCCUGGGACAGAGACCUCCUGGUUCAAGGAGGAGACCAAGCUGAGGCAGAGCAAGAAGUACAACAUCGAGGAGGAGGGCACGUACCGCCGGCUCACCGUGCAGAACGUCACCGCCGACGAUGACGCCGUUUACAUCUGUGAGAUGAAAGAAGGGAGCAGGACCAUUGCAGAGCUGUCUGUCCAAGGGAACAUAAUUAAAAAGCUUCCACGGAAGACUGCAGUGUUCAUCCAUGACACAGCCACCUUCUGCGUGGAGCUGGACAACGACUGCCAGAACGUCCGGUGGCUCAAGAACAAGGAAGAGGUGAAGCCCAGCGACCGCAUCUCCAUCACACGCUCUGGCAAACAGCACACCAUGACCAUCCGAGAGUGCAAGGUGGAAGAUGCUGGGGAGAUUGCCUUCCUGGCUGAUGAAAGCAGGACUUCCACCCAGUUCACUGUGACCACGCCCAAAAAACCUCCCACCCAACCCCCAGCCGACCCUGUGGUGAAAAAUAAAACAGAAACCUCAGUGACUCUGGCAUGGUCCCCUCCCAAGAUGGACCGGCCCAUUCCAGUCGACGGAUACAUCGUGGAACGCAAGAAACUCACUGGCUUCACCUGGGUGAGGUGCCACGAGUCCCACGUCCCUGCCCCAGAGCUCACCGUGAGCAACCUGGCAGAAGAGGCUGAUUAUCAGUUCAGAGUGUCUGCAGUCAACACCUAUGGACAGAGCCCCUACCUGGAAUUCCCCGGGAGCGUCCACCUUGAACCAGUGUUGGCUGUGAAAAGCCCCCUGACAACAGCUGAGGCUGUACCUGGAGGGGAUGCCCUGUUUACUGUCGACCUCACCAAGACAUGUUCCGGCACCUGGUACCUCAAUGGUAAAGUCUUACAGGAAAGUGAGACCUGCAUCAUCAAGAGAACCCAAACCACUCACACCCUCAUCAUAAAGAACGUCACCAAGAAGGAUGAUGGAGCAGAAGUGAAAUUUGUUGCCAGUGAUGUUGAGACCAGCACCAAGAUGAGAGUGAAAGGUGCUGCAGUGAGAUUUACCAACAAGAGCAAAGAGGUAGAAAAGGUCUCUGCUCGGCUGAGGGAGGAAGCCAAACUCCAGGCUGAGCUUUCAGACGCAGAGGCCACAGUGAAAUGGUUGAAAGAUGGGAAGGAGCUCAAGGCCAGUGAAAAAUAUGAGCUUCAAACCGUGGGGAAGAGGCACAUCCUGAAAAUCCGCAGCACUUGUGAAGAGGAUGCCGGAGUUUAUGAGUGCACCUGUGAAGGGGAUAAAAUGCCCUUUCAGCUUUCAGUGAAAGCACUUGCAAACUUCGUAAACAAAGAGAAAAGUGGAGGACUUGUCAAGGCCAUCACUGGAAAACAGGCUGAAUUUGUUUCUGAGACCUCCGAGGCCAAUGUCAUGGUGAAGUGGUACAAAGAUGGGAAAGAAAUCACAGCCAGCAAGAAAUUCACCCUGGAGGAUAAGGGAAAGCUGCACAAGCUCGUGGCUUCGGCUGUGACAAAGGAAGAUGAAGGAACUUACACGUGCAAAAUUGGAGAUGACAGCCUUGUUUUUGAUUUAAAAGUCUCAGACGAAGCUGUUACUUUUGUCAACAAGCCCAAGACGGCUCCAGAAGUAUCAGUCAGUCCUUCUGAAACCCUGGAGCUGGUGUGUGAGGUGUCAGCUGCCAGUGGAGCUGUGGUGUGGAAGAGGGAUCACACCGAGGUGAAGCAGGACCAGAGGACAACAGUGGUGUCCCAGGGGACACAACGAAAGCUCAUCGUCAAGAAGGUGACACAGCAAGACCAAGGGAGCUACACCUGCGAGGUGAAGGAUGACAGAAUAACAUUCCAAGUCAAAGUCAGAGAGCCAGAAGUUGUGUUUACAAACAAGGACAAAGUGAAGAAAGAGGUGAAAGCUGCACUCUCAGAAGAUGCCACUCUGAGCUGCGAGGUGGCCCAGGACAAGACUGAGGUGAAGUGGUACAAGGAUGGGAAGCUGAUCACCUCCAGCAAGAAGUUCAAGGUGGAGUCUGAGGGCAAAUCUCGUCGUCUGGUGGUGGGUCAGGUGGAGAAGAAGGAUGCUGGGGAGUACAGCUGCGAGGCUGCUGGCCAGAAACUCACCUUCAGGAUCCAUGUCACAGAGGCGGAAGAUGCCUUUAUCCACAAGGAGAAGGUGCAGAAAGAGGUGAAAGCUGUGCUAUCAGAAGAUGCCACUCUGAGCUGCGAGGUGGCCCAGGACAAGACUGAGGUGAAGUGGUACAAGGAUGGGAAGCUGAUCACCUCCAGCAAGAAGUUCAAGGUGGAGUCUGAGGGCAAAUCUCGCCGUCUGGUGGUGGGUCAGGUGGAGCAGAAGGAUGCUGGGGAGUACAGCUGUGAGGCUGCUGGCCAGAAACUCACCUUCAGGAUCCAUGUUGCAGAUGACGCGUUUGAACACAGAGACAAAGUGCAGAGGGAGGUGAAGGCAGCACUGAAGGAGGACACCACUCUGAGCUGUGAGGUGGCCCAGGACAAGACUGAGGUGAAGUGGUACAAGGAUGGGAAGCUGAUCACCUCCAGCAAGAAGUUCAAGGUGGAGUCUGAGGGCAAAUCUCGUCGUCUGGUGGUGGGUCAGGUGGAGAGGAAGGAUGCUGGGGAGUACAGCUGUGAGGCUGCUGGCCAGAAACUCACCUUCAGGAUCCAUGUCACAGAGGCGGAAGAUGCCUUUAUCCACAAGGAGAAGGUGCAGAAAGAGGUGAAAGCUGUGCUAUCAGAAGAUGCCACUCUGAGCUGCGAGGUGGCCCAGGACAAGACUGAGGUGAAGUGGUACAAGGAUGGGAAGCUGAUCACCUCCAGCAAGAAGUUCAAGGUGGAGUCUGAGGGCAAAUCUUGUCGUCUGGUGGUGGGUCAGGUGGAGAAGAAGGAUGCUGGGGAGUACAGCUGUGAAGCUGCUGGCCAGAAACUCACCUUCAAGAUUGAUGUCACAGAGCCAGAAGUUGUGUUUACAAACAAGCAGAAGGUGCAGAAAGAGGUGAAAGCUGCACUCUCAGAAGAUGCCACUCUGAGCUGCGAGGUGGCCCAGGACAAGACUGAGGUGAAGUGGUACAAGGAUGGGAAGCUGAUCACCUCCAGCAAGAAGUUCAAGGUGGAGUCCGAGGGCAAAUCUCGCUGUCUGGUGGUGGGUCAGGUGGAGCAGAAGGAUGCUGGGGAAUACAGCUGCGAGGCUGCUGGCCAGAAACUCACCUUCAGGAUCCAUGUCACAGAGCCCAAACCUGCAUUUAUAAACCAGGAAAAGGUCCAGAAGGAGGUGAAGGCUGUGCUGACAGAAAGUGCCUCCCUCGUGUGCGAGGUAGCACAGGAUGCAACCGAAGUGAAAUGGUUCAAGGACGGAAAACUUCUGGUUUCCUCCAGAAAAUUCAAAAUAGAGACCGUGGGGAAAACCCGACGCCUGGUUAUAGAGCAGCUGGAGAAGAAGGAUGCUGGGGAAUACAUCUGUGAGGCUGCAGGCCAGAAGAUGACAUUCAAACUGGAACCAACUGAACCAGAGGCUAAAUUUGAAAAGAAAGUUGUCCAGAAAGAGCCUCUCGUUGUUCAAGAACAUGAAAGUAUCACACUGACAACCUCAGUGACGCCUGAAACUGCUGCAGUGAAGUGGCUCAAGGACGGCACAGAAAUCAAGGCGAGCAAGAAAUGUGUGAUCAAGAGUGAGGGGGCAUCCAGGACCCUGGUGGUGAACCUGGCUGAGAGCACAGACACUGCUGUCUACACCUGCCAGACCAGGAAUGACAAGCAGGAGUUCAAAGUGCAGGUGAAAGAAAUCCCAGUGAAGUUCGCCAAGAAGCUGGAAGCUGUCAAGGCUGAGAUUGGGGGCAGUGUCUCCCUGAGCUGUGAGCUGAGCCACCCCAGGGGGAAGGUGACCUGGUGCAGGAACGGAGUCGAGAUCAAGCCCAGCAAACGUUUCCAGGUUCACGAGGAGGGGGUCAAACGGACCCUGACGAUAACGGGGAUCCGGGCUGAGGAUGAGGGGGAGUAUUCCUGUGAAUCCAGAGAUGACAAGAGCAGCAUUACCAUCACCCCCAAAGCUCCCAGAGUGGUGAAAUUUGUCACCAGCCUCAACAGUGUGGUGUCUGAGGAAGGAAAAGAGGCCGUGUUCAAGUGCACCGUCUCUCCCAGCGACGCCGUGGUCACUUGGCUCAGGAACGGCGUCAAGAUUGAAGCCAGCAAGAAGUAUGUGAUCUCCCAGAAGGACACCAACCACAGCCUCACCAUCACUGACCUGACACUGGAAGAUGCAGCUGAAAUCUGCGCCAGUGCUGAGGGUGUGGAGAGCACAGCCAACCUCAGAGUCCGAGAGGCCUCGAUCUCGUUCAAGAAGAAACUGGAGCCCAGAACAGUUGAAGAGAGGGAGACAGUGACCUUGGAGGUGGAGCUGACCAAGCCUGCAGAGGUGAAGUGGAUGAGGAACAGCAUCGUGCUGAAGCCCAGUGACAAGAUAGAGAUCAAAGCUGAGGGAACAAAGCACACCUUGGUGGUGAAGGACAUCUCCUUUGCAGACAGGGGCUUCUACUGCUGUGAGAGCCCUGAUGACAAGACCCAAGCCAAGAUCAACGUGGAAAUGAGGCAGAUCAAACUGGUGAAAGGCCUUCAGCCCCUGGAAGUUGCUGAGAAAGGGACUGUCACCUUCGAGGUGGAGGUGUCACACGAGGAUGUGGAAGGGACCUGGCAGAGGGACGGAGUUCGGCUCAAACCCGCACCCAACGUCAGCUUUGGCAUCCUGGGCAAGAAACACUCACUGACUCUUUCCUCGGUGGCCCUUGAGGAUGCAGGGGUCAUCUCCUUCAAGGCAGAAGGCAUCAAUUCAUCAGGGAGACUCACUGUGACAGAAUUGCCUGUGAGAAUCAGCAAACCUCUGGUGGAUGUCAGUGUGACUCAGAAACUCAAGGCCACAUUUGAGUGUGAGCUGUCCAGGCCCAAUGUGAAUGUGAAGUGGUUCAAGGAUGGGAAAGAGAUCCGUCAAAGUCAAAACGUGGGGUUUGUUUCCCAGGGAAAUAAGAGAAGCCUCAUUAUUCACAAGUGUGAAUAUGAAGACCAGGGAACCUACAGCUGUCAAGCAGCUGAAGACAAGACAUCAGCUACUCUAAAGGUUCAUGCCCGAGAUAUCAAGAUUGUAAAGCCACUGGAAGAUGUGGAAGUGAAUGAAUACGAGAGUGCAUCCUUUGUCUGUGAGAUUUCACAUGAUGAGGUCGAAACCCAGUGGUACAAAAAUGACAACAAGCUGAAGACUUCAGACAAUAUCAAAAUGCGACAGGAUGGGAAGACCUACUCUCUGACCUACGCCCGUGUCCACGUGGAGGAUGCGGCAGAGAUCAAAUUUGUGGCAGAAAAGGCAGAAUCUCGUGCUCAGCUGACCGUAAAAGAGUUGCCUGUAAAAAUAGUGAAGCCUUUGAGAGAUAAGAUCGCCCUCGAGAAGCACCGGGGGUUCCUGGAGUGCCAAGUGUCUCGUGCCAACGCCAAGGUCAGGUGGUUCAAAAGGGACGUGGAAAUUCGCCCCAGCGACAAAUACGAGAUCGUGAGCGAAGGCGUCUACAGGAAACUCAUCAUCAACGACGCCGACUACGAGGAUGAGGACACCUACACCUGUGAUGCCUUUGACGACAAAAGCAGUGCUAAUUUCUUUGUUGAAGAGCAAGCCAUUAAUAUCGUGAAGGAGUUGUGUGAUGAGGAUGUGACUGAGCCUGAGGAAGCCAAUUUUGAAUGUGAGACAUCCAUUCCAUCUGUGAAACCCGCCAAGUGGUUUCUACGUGGAGAAGCUUUACAGCCUGGCAGAAACUUCAUCAUGCAGCAGGAAGGCACCAUCCACAGGCUGACAAUAGUGAAAACAAGUGCUGAUAUGACAGGAACCAUCCAGUUCUCCAUUGGCAAAUCAAAAUCUACAGCAAACCUGCUUGUCAGAGAUUACCACAUACAGAUCACCAGGAAGCUGGAGGACAAGACCGUCCUGGAGAAACACUCGGCCGUCCUGUCCUGUGACUUCAGGCCCUCUCCAAAGAUUGUGAAGUGGUUCAAGGACCACGUGCUCAUCGAGCCCUCUGAGAAGUACAAGAUCAAGCGGGAGCAAUACUCAGCAGAGCUCAAGAUCUUGAAGGUGAAGCCUGAAGAUGCCGGAAUGUACAAGUGCCGGGCUGGGAAUGCAGAGACCAGAGCCACACUCACUGUCGAAGCCCGGAACGUGGAAGUCCUCAAACACCUGCAGGACGUGGAAAUUGAGGAAGACAGCUCUGCCGUGUUCUCCUGCGAGCUGUCCCACGACGACGAGGACGUGGAGUGGUUCCUCAACGGCACCCUCCUCUACACCAACAACUUCAACGACAUCAAGAACGUCGGCAAGGUCUACACGCUCACCAUGAAGCAGGUGAAGCCUGAGGACGCUGGCACGGUGACAAUGAAGUCAGACAAGGUGUCAGAGAGCGUGAGGCUGAAGGUCAUAGAGAAACCUGCUGUCUUCAUGAAAGCCUUGGAUGACGUUUUUGGUGAGGAGCGAGGUGUGAUUAAACUGGAAUGUGAAGUCUCCAAAGAGAAGGUCAAACCCGUUUGGAAAAAGGAUGGUGUGAAGAUCCCUUCUAGUGACAAGUACGAGGAGAUACAGUCUGGGAAGACCCUGUGCCUCCUUAUCCACGACCUUGAAAAGACAGAUGCCGGUUUAUACACCUGUGACAUUGGCACUGAUAUUGCCAAGUCAAAGGUCAGCGUUCAGGAACUGAACAUCGGCAUCACCAAACGGCUGAAGAACACCGAAAUCCAGCUGGGAGAGGACUGCACCUUUGAGUGCAUUUUGUCCCACGAGAGCAUCGAUGACUUCAGCUGGACGCUGAACGGGAGAAAAGUGGAGAGUGGGGGGAGGUUUAAAGCCUCCAACGCGGGUCGGAAAUACACCCUCAGCAUCCAAAGGGUGACUCCCGACGAUGCCGGGGAGGUCGUGUUCACUGCCCGAGGUCUGACCUCCAAGGCUUCUCUGGCUGUGAAAGAGAAACCAACUGAGGUUAUAAAACAGCUGGAGGAUAAGACAUCACAAGCAGGGCAGGACAUCAACCUGAGCUGUGAACUGUCCAAACCUGAUGUGAGCAUCAGGUGGUACAAGGAUGGCAAAGCAAUCCGAAAAAGCCAGAAAUACGACCUGCAGCAAGAGGGAACACGGGCCAUCCUGAUCAUCCAUGAUUCCACGGUCAAGGACAGUGGGGAAUACACCUGUGAGACAGAGAGCUCCAAAACAACAGCCAGGAUCACAGUGCAAGAAAAACCUAAUUAUUUUGUCAAGGAGCUUUCAGACCUGAAAGUCGAUGAGAGUGGAACCGCAGUUUUCACGUGCCAGAGCGAGAGAGCUGCAUCCUCUGUGGUCUGGAGGAAAGGCAUCGCUGAGCUCAGGGCCGGCAGGAAAUACGAGAUCACACAGAAAGGACAAGACCUCCAGCUGACCAUAAAGAACCUGGAGAAAAGCGACAGUGACACUUACAGCUGUGACAUUGGUGAUGCCCAGUCCAGAGCCAAGCUGGUCGUGCAAGGCCAGAAAGUGCUAAUAACAGAAGACCUGGAAGAUGUCACUGUGUUAGAAGGAGAAUCUGCCACGUUCAAGUGCAGAAUCUCUCCCGUAGACUGUAGCAGAGUGCAGUGGUUUUUGGAUAAAACCCCACUCCAUACCAAUGAACUUAAUGAGAUCCAGUCCCAGCCUGGGGGAUAUCACCUGCUAACGCUGAGAAAGCUCUCACUGAAGGACUCGGGGGUCAUUACAUUUGAAGCUGGUGAUAAGAAAACAUCUGCCAGUUUGGUUGUGAAAGAAAAGCCACUCCUUUUCAAGCAGGAGCUCCAAAACGAAGAGGCUAAAGAAGGAAAACAGGUCAAGCUGACCUGUGAGCUCAGCAAACCUGGUGCCCCAGUGAAAUGGAUGAAGGGAGACACUGUCCUCCAUGCCAGUGAGAAGUAUGAAUUUAAGCAGCACGGAACUGUGGCAGAGCUCAUUAUCCGAGACCUCAAAUCCAUGGAUGCUGGGGAAUACACCUGCAGCUCUGGGGAGCUCAAAACCACUGCCCGGGUGAAAGUGAACGCUGUGCCUGUCCUUUUUAAACAAGCCCUGGAGAACACGGAUAUGGAAGAGGGGAAAUCCGUCUCCUUGCGCUGCGAACUCACAAAAGCCGAUGCCACCGUGGUGUGGAAGAAGGGAGGAGCCACGCUCCAGGCAAGUGCCAAAUAUGAAAUGAAGCAGAAGGGGACAGUGGCAGAGCUGGUGAUUCAUAAUGCAGAGCCAGAAGAUGCGGGAAGAUACACCUGUGACACUGGAGACCAGCAGAGCACAGCCCAAGUCAAAAUCCAUGCUGCCUCUGUGCUCUUCAAGGAAGAGCUGAAGCCCGUGGAAGCUGUGGAAGGUGGGACAGCCACCCUGCAGUGCCAACUGAGCAGAGAGGCCCCCGUGGAGUGGAGGAAAGGGCAAACUCUUCUCCGGCCGAGUAACAAGUACAAGAUGAGGCAGGAGGGCACAGUGGCUGAGCUGCUCAUCCAUGAUCUGGACCCAAAGGAUGCUGGAGACUAUUCGUGUCUAGUGGGGAACCAAAAAACCACGACAGCCUUGUCAGUGAAUGCCUUGCCAGUGCGUUUCAAGAAGGAGCUGAGGAACGAGGAGGCCACGGAGAGCGGGACGGCGACACUGCAGUGUGAACUGAGCCGGCCCGGGGGCUCAGUCCAGUGGAGCAGGGAUGGGAAGGUGCUGGAGCCAAAUGGAAAGUACAAAAUGAGACGGGAAGGGCGCUUUGUUGAGCUGGUUAUCCAAGACCUGGACUUGGCGGAUGCCGGGAGCUACACCUGCACAUGUGGAGACCAGAAGACAACGGCUGCUCUGAGAGUGAAUGCCUUGCCUGUCCUCUUCCAAGAAGAACUGAUGAACAAGGAAGCUACAGAGGGGGAAGCAGUGACUUUGCACUGUAAACUGAGCAAAUCGGCCCCAGUUGAGUGGAAAAAGGGGAAUGUGGUCCUCAAGCCAAGUGAAAAAUACAAAAUAGAGCAGGAAGGUCCCUUUGCAGAGCUGAGGAUCCAGGAUUUGGGAUUGGCAGAUGCUGGUGAUUAUCACUGUGUGUGUGGAGACCAACAGACCACGGCUACUUUGACAGUAAAUGUCCUGCCUGCUCUUUUCACCAAAGAACUGACAGACCAAGAAGCCACUGAAGGUAAAAGUGUCUCCCUGCACUGUGAGCUGAACAAGGCAGCUGCCAAGGUGGAGUGGAAGAAGGGAUUCAAGACCCUCAAGCCAAGUGACAAAUACAAAAUGAAACGGGAAGGUGUCUCUGCUGAGCUCACAAUCCAGAACCUGGACACGACGGACGCUGGGAAUUACUCCUGUGUGUGUGGGGACCAGCAGACCAUGGCAGUUUUGACAGUUCAUGCUCUGCCUGCAUUUUUCAAAGAAGGGUUGAAGAACAGGGAGGCCACAGACGGUGGAACAGCCACCCUGCACUGCGAGCUCAGCAAGGUCGGGGUCCCCGUGGAGUGGAAAAAAGGGGACAAGACACUCAAACCCAGUGAAAAGUUCAGGAUGAGACAAGAAGACACGGCUGCAGAGCUGCUGAUCCGAGAUCUGGAGGUGCAAGACACAGGAGAAUAUACCUGUGUGUGUGGAGAGCAGAAGACCUCGGCUGUCUUGACAGUCCACGCUUUGCCUGCACUGUUCAAAAAGGAUCUUGUCCCUGUGGAAGCCACGGAAAGCAGGGCGGCUGUUCUGCAGUGUGAGCUGACCAAACCCGCCCCAGUGGAGUGGAGGAAGGGGCAGGAGGUGCUCCAGCCUAGUGAGAAGUACAAAAUGAGGCUGAAGGACACCGUUGCUGAGCUGACAAUCCAUGGUCUGGAGGAACAGGAUGCAGGAGAUUACACGUGUGUGUGUGGAGACAAGGCAACCACAGCUUCCCUGACAGUGCAUGCCCUCCCUCCACGUUUCAAAGAGGAGCUGAGGAACGUGGAAGGCACGGAAAAAGGCACGGCCACUUUCUGCUGCGAACUGAACAAACCCGGAGCCGCCGUGGGGUGGAGGAAAGGAGACACAGCCCUGGGGACAGGUGACAAGUUCACCAUGAGAUGCCAGGGCACGAUUGCUGAGCUGGUGAUCCAUGAUUUGGAUCUGGCAGAUGCUGGGGAUUACACAUGCUGCUGUGGAGAUCAGAGAACCACGGCCGCGCUGAGAGUGAACGCCUUGCCUGUGCACUUCAAGAAGGAGAUGACAAACGAGGAAGCCACAGAAGGUGGAACAGCCACCCUCCAGUGUGAACUGUCCAGACCUGCCCCUGUGGAGUGGAAAAAGAAGCACAAGGUGCUCAAACCGAGUGAAAAAUACACUGUGAGGCAGGAGGGCACCACAGCACAGCUGCUGAUCCACGCUCUGGAGGUCAAGGAUGCUGGGGAAUACACCUGUGUGUGUGGAGAGGAGAAGACAACUGCAGCACUGACAGUGCAUGCCCUCCCUGCCCUCUUCAAAGAGGAACUGAGAGACGAGGAAGCCGAGGAGGGCGAAGCUGUGACUCUGCGCUGUGAGCUGACCAAACCCGCCCUGGUGGAGUGGAGAAAGGGCCACGUGGUGCUCAGACCUAGUGAGAAGUACAAAAUGAGGCAGAAGGAUGUAACUGCAGAGCUGGUGAUCCAGGGCCUGGCUGAGAGUGAUGCUGGUGAUUACACCUGUGUGUGUGGGGACAAGGAGUCCACGGCUGCCUUGGCAGUGCACGUGCUGCCUGUGGGGAUCAGGGAGAGCCUGAAGGACCAGGAGGUGACAGAGGGUCAAGAGGUCACUCUGUGCUGUGAGCUGACCAAGGCUGCCCCAGUGGAGUGGAGAAAGGGCAGCUCUCUGCUGAGAGCCAGUGACAAGUACAAGAUGAGGCAGGAGGGCGCAGUCAUGAAGCUGCUUAUCCAUGAUGUGGAGCUGAAAGAUGCUGGAGAAUACACGUGUGUGUGUGGAGAGCAGGAGACAACAGCUGCCUUGAUAGUGCAUGCCCUGCCAGCACUUUUCAAAGAAGGCCUGAAGGACCUGCAAGCCCUGGAAAGCCAAACGGCCACUCUGCGCUGUGAGCUGACCAAGGCUGCAGCUGUGGCGUGGAAGAAAGGGAACAAAAUGCUCAGGGCAAGUGAAAAACACAUCAUGAGGCAGGAGAGUGGCCUUGCUGAGCUGGAAAUCCGUGACCUGGAGCUGCAGGAUGCAGGAGAUUACACCUGUGUGUGUGGAGACCAGCACACCACGGCGUCUCUGGUAGUGAAUGCCCUGCCAGUGCUUUUCAAGGAAGAACUGAAGAGUGAAGAAGCCCAGGAAGGAGCAUCAGUCACUCUGAGUUGUGAAUUAACCAAAGAAGCUCCAGUGAAGUGGAAAAUUGGGCCCAAAGUGCUCAAAGCAAGUGACAAAUAUCAAAUGAGACAGUCUGACACCACUGCAGAGCUGGUCAUUCGUGACCUAGAAGUAAAAGAUGCUGGAGAUUACACCUGUGUGUGUGGUGACCAGAAGACAACAGCAACCUUGGCAGUUCAUGCUCUGCCCCCACUCUUUAAGGAAGAGCUCCAGGACAAGGAAGCAGGAGAAGGUGGAGAAGUCGCCCUGCACUGUGAGCUCACCAAGGCUGCUCCAGUGCAGUGGUGGAAGGACCAGAGGAUGCUCAAAGCGAGCGAGAAAUACAAAAUGAGGCAGGAAGGGACCAAGGCAGAGCUGGUGAUCCAUGAAAUAGCUGAGGAGGAUGCAGGAGGCUACACCUGUGUGUGUGGGGAGCACCGGAGCACAGCUGUCCUGACAGUCCAGGCUGUUCCUCCAUUUUUCCAAGAAGAAAUGACCAGCAAGGAAGCAGUAGAAGGUGGAAUGGCCACUUUUCAGUGUGAGCUCAGCAAGGCAUCGGCCCCUGUGCAGUGGAAGAAGGGCCACCACGUCCUCACCUCGGGCAAGAAGCACAGCAUGAGGCAGGAAGGCCGUGUUGUGGAGCUGGUGGUUCAUGACUUGGACCUGGAUGACAGUGGAGAUUAUACCUGUGUGUGUGGAGACAAGAGCACCACAGCUGCCUUAACAGUGCAUGCACUGCCUCCAGAAUUCAAGAGAGGCCUGAAGGACCUUGAGGCCGUGGAAGAUGGCACAGCUGCUCUGCACUGUGAGCUGACUAAACCUGCUGUGGUGGAGUGGAAGAAAGGGCAGGAGGUGCUCAAGGCAAGCAGCAAGUAUAAAAUGAGUCAAGAAGGUGCUGUUGCAAAGCUGAUUAUCCGUGAGCUGGAUGUGGAGGAUGCUGGAGAUUACACCUGUGUGUGUGGAGAUCAGCAGACAACUGCCACUCUGACAGUCAAUGCCCUACCAGCACUUUUUAAACAACAGCUCCAGGAUGCCAAGGCAGAGGAAGGUGGUACAGCCACACUGAGGUGUGAGCUGACCAAACCCAAGGCUCCAGUGGAGUGGAGGAAAGGGGAUGUCACCCUCUACCCUGGUUUGAAAUACGAGAUGAAGCAGCAGGGCUGCACUGCUGAACUGGCCAUUUCUGACCUAGAACUGGAUGAUUCAGGAAUAUACACCUGUGACUCUGGACACCAGCAGACAACAGCUGUGGUGACUGUACAUGCACUGCCUGUCACGUUUAAGCAACCCCUGCAGAAUCAGGAAUCCGAGGAGGGAAGCACAGCCACGUUCUGCUGUGAGCUGUCGAAACCCAAAGCUGCUGUGGAGUGGAGGAAAGGAGGAGUGGAGCUGCAGCCCAGCCAGAAAUAUGAAAUGAGGCAGAGGGAAUGCCUGGUAGAGCUCUUGAUACAUAACCUCAAAUUAGAAGAUACAGGAGAGUACAGCUGUGACACUGGGGAUGAGGAAACCAAGGCAGCUUUAAACGUGAAAGCUCUGCCAGUUCUUUUCAAAAAGCAGCUCAAAGAUGAGGAGGCAGAAGAAGGAGCUGCAGUGAAAUUCCAGUGUGAGCUGACGAAGGAUAACGCAGCAGUGGAGUGGAGGAAAGGCACCGUGGAGCUCUUCCCCUGUGCCAAAUAUGACAUUAAAUUAAGUGGUCGCACGGCUGAACUUGUGAUUCACAGUGUGGAGCCAGAGGAUGCUUCUGAUUACACGUGUGACACCGGAGACCAGCAGAGCACUGCAGUCCUCAGAGUGCAUGCCACCAAACCCCGGCUGAGGCAACAGCUGAAGAACGAAGAGGUGGAAGUGGGGGGGACAGCCAGGCUGCGCUGCGAGAUCUCCAUCAGCAAGGCAGAGGUGGAGUGGAGGAAGGACGGAGCUGUCCUGCACUCCAGCUCCAAGUACGAGAUGUGGCAGGACGGGACCCUCCGGGAGCUCCGUGUUCACCGCCUGGAGCCUGGAGAUGCCGGGGAAUAUUCCUGCAAGGCUGGGGAUGAGACGACCUCUGCCAAACUGACAGUGAAAGAGCCCGACGUGACCAUCGUGAGCGGCCUGAAGGACAUGGAGGUGUUCGAGGGGGACGACGUCACGUUCCGGUGCCAGGUUUCCCACGAGAACGCCAGGGAUGUGGAAUGGAAGCUGCAGGAUGUCGCCCUGCAAAGCAACGAGAUGAACGAGAUCUCGGUGGAAAAAGGGAAGGUUCACACCCUGACCCUGAGGAAGGUGACUGAGCAGGACAUUGGCACCGUCACCUUCCGGGUGGGAUGUCACACGACCACGGCAGAGCUCAUGGUGAAAGUGCCACCUCCAGUAUUUAAGGAGAAACUGCAGAGCCUGGAACUGCAGGAGGAAGACACAGCCGUGCUCAGCUGCCAGGUCUCCCAGCCCAACGCUCAGGUGAAGUGGAAGAAGGGCACUCAGGUGAUCUCCUCGAGCUCCAAGUAUGAAAUCAGGCAGGAAGGAACAGUCCACACCUUAAAGAUUUUUCACUUAAACCCAGAAGACUCUGGCAAAUACACCUGUGAUAAUGGAAACGAACAAACGACGGCCACUGUGACUGUUAAAGCUUUGCCUGUAACCUUCACACAACCACUGCAGAACCAACAGGCUGAAGAAGGUGGCACCAUCACUUUGAGCUGUGAGGUGUCGAGACCAAACACCACAGUGCAGUGGAAGAAGGGUGGGACUGUGCUGAGGCCAAGUGACAAAUUCAAGAUGCGUCAGGCCGGGCCCGUGGCUGAGCUGACCAUCCACAACCUGAGCAGAGCUGAUGCCGGGGAAUACACCUGUGACACAGGGGACCAGCAAACCACAGCUGUGGUGCACCUGAAAGAACCAGCAGUGACCAUAGUGGAGAUGCUGAAGGACGUCACCUCGUACGAAGGGGAGGACGCGGUGUUCGAGUGCAGGCUGUCCCGGGAAACAACUCAGGAUGCCAAGUGGUUCCUGGGGGAUGUGCCCCUGCAGUCCAACGAGAUGAAUGAGAUCAGAGUCCAGGGGACACGUCACAGUCUGAUCCUGAGGAAGGUGACCCUGGAAGACUGCGGGUCCAUCAGCUUCAAAGUCGGGGAGCACACGUCGGCAGCACAGCUGAAGGUCCAAGCUGCUCCGGUCAUCUUUGUGAAGGCGCUCCAGAACCUGGAGCUGCAGGAGGGUGGCACAGCUCACCUGUCCUGCGAGGUGUCCAAGCCUGACGUCCCCGUGGAGUGGAAGAAAGGCACGUCUGUGAUCCACUCCAGCCAGAAGUGCAGCAUCAAGCAGGAGGGGAAGGUGCACACGCUGGUGAUCCGCGAUCUGAACCGUGCAGACGCGGGCGAGUACAGCUGCCAGACGGCUGACGGGAGGACCGUGGCCAAGCUGGAGGUUAAAGGCCUCCCUGUGCUGUUCAAGCACUGGCUGAAGAACGAGGAGGUGGAGGAAGGUCGCACGGCCCUGUUGUUCUGUGAGCUGACAAAGCCCAACGCACACGUGGAGUGGAGGAAAGGGGACACUGUUCUGCAGACAGGUGACAAGUACGAGAUCCGGCAGGAGGGGACGCGUGUGGAGCUCCUCAUCUACGAUGCUGAGGCUCAGGAUGCUGGGGAGUACACGUGUGACUCGGGGGAUCAGCAGACCACGGCAUCGCUGCAAGUCAAAGUACUGCCAGUGCUGUUUAACAAAGAGCUGAGAAACGUAGAGACUGAAGAAGGGGGAACGGCUGUUUUGCACUGUGAGAUCUCCAGGCCGGACGCCCCCGUUGAGUGGAGGAAAGGAGGGGUGGUCAUUGAGCCCAGUGACAAGUACGAGAUGAAGCUGAAGGGCAGCAUAGCUGAGCUGAUCAUCCAUGGUGUAGAGCCUGAUGACUGUGGGGAUUAUACCUGCAGCACUGGAUACGAGAUAACCACAGGUUCUGUGUACGUGCAAGAAGAAGCAGCAGUGGUAGUUUCUGGUUUAAGGAACACAGACGUCUUUGUGGGCGAGUCAGCCACGUUCACCUGCGAGCUCUCGCACCCGGGCGUGAGGAACGUGCAGUGGUGGCUCGAUGGGACCCCCCUCCACAACAACCUGGUGACUGAAAUCUCUGAGCAGGACGGGAGGAUCCACACUCUGACCCUAAAUGAUGUGGCCUGCCACGACUCAGGCACUGUCACCUUCAGAGCUGGGUCCCUUAUAUCUUCAGCUAAAUUAUUAGUCAAAGAUCCCACCAUUGAAGUGGUCAGUCCCAUGCAGGACAUAACUGUUGAUGAAGAUGGCCCAGCAGAGUUCAUAUGCCAAUAUUCUAGGCCAGUGCACGCCAUCUGGAAGAAAAAUGAUCAGGAAAUACAUGCAGAUGGGCAGCGAGUGAUUAUCGAUCAGGACUGGAAUGUGAGCAUGCUAAAAAUUAACCCUACGGUCCCAGAAGACACUGGCAUCUAUUCUUGUGAAGCUGGAGGCACUAAAGUGAUGGCUACACUUGAUGUUCAAGCCAAGAACAGCAUCGUCCAGGGCUUGGAGAACGUGGAAGCCGUGGAAGGAGGGGAAGCCCUGUUCGAGUGUUACCUCUCCAAGCCCGAGACCUACAAUUACAACUGGCUGAUUGACGACGAACCUGCCAAGACCACAGAGAACACCGAGAUGGUUUACUUUGAAAAUGGGCUCAGGCACAUCCUGCUGAUGAAGAACCUCACCCCCCAGGACAGCUGCAGGGUGACUUUCAUGUGCAGCGACGCGGUGACCUCGGCCUUCCUGACGGUGAAAGGAUGGCGCCUGCAGUUCUUGCAGCCUCUCAAGGAUGUGGAAGUCUCUGUGGGGGAGAAAGCCACAUUUAGCUGUGUUCUGAGUGAAGCUGUGCCCAUUAAUGAAGUGGCCUGGUAUAGCAAUGACAUAGAGAUCCAGUCGGGUGAGGACUGGGAGGUACAAGCAGAUGGAAACAAAUACAAACUUAUUCUGAAAAAAGCCCAGCUGCACCAUUCUGGAGAGGUGACCUUUGCUUCCAGGGAAGCAAUUUCAUCAGCCAAGCUUUCAGUGAUAGAGCCUCCAGUUACAGUCACCCAGCCUUUGGUGGGAGGAUCAGUCACAGAAGGGGGGGUGGCUCGCUUGGAGUGCACAUUAUCCAGCAAAACUGAGGAAAAAGUGACAUGGUUCAAAGGAAAGGAACAAAUAAAAGCUGGAGGGAGAUACGAGAUCCUCUCUGACGGGAAAAAGCAGAUGCUCAUUAUUCACGGGUUCAGACCUGAAGACCAGGACACCUACACCUGCAUGGCUUCUCCUGAAGUCAAAUCUGUUGCCAGCCUGAGCCUUGAAGUGCCCACGGCGACGAUGCUAAAGGAGAUUACCAGGGAAGCACCCCCUGCAAGCCAGCCAGGGGAGCUGGUGGACGGCCAGGUCCAGCCCAGCUUGCCCCCUGAGGCUGCUCAGGAGGGAGAUCUUCACCUCCUGUGGGAAGCCCUGGCCAAGAAGCGCCGGAUGAGCCGGGAGCCCACCUUGGAUUCCAUCAGCGAGGUGCCUGAAGAGGACCUCGAGAGGCUGCAGAAGUUGAGGAAGGAGGAAGCAGAGAUGUCCCACUACUACUCAGAGGAGUAUUCCACAUGUGAUGAGCUGGCCAGGACAGGAGAAGCCGAUUUCUCUUUCACAAGCUCAGAUGAUGAGUCCAGAGCUGGGACGCCCUCACUGGUGAACUACCUAAAAAAGAAAGCUGGGAAGACGAGUAUCAGUGUUACCAGCAAGGUUCAGUCCACCUCCACAGGCAAAUUAUGGAAGCAGUGGGAGAAAUCCAGUGCGGAGACUGCUGUGACCACCACAGCUGCCAAACCAGCUGAACCGGAGCUGCCAGACUUAGACGACCCUUCCAUGAACAAGGCUGCUGUGAAGAUCCAAGCUGCUUUCAAAGGCUACAAAGUCAGGAAGGAGAUCAAGCAGCAAGAGUGCCCGGUGUUUGCCGAGACCUUCAAAGACUUCUCUGGCGAGCCUGGAAGCACUCUGCACCUGGAGUGUGUGGCCCACAGCAAAUCUGACAUGAAGGUCCGGUGGCUGAAAGACGGGCAGGAGCUUUCGGACGGCCGCUACUACCACAUAGACAACUACAGCGACGGGACCUGCUCGCUGAUCAUCGCCGGCCUGGACAGGAAGGACGCGGGAAAAUACACCUGCGAGGCAUCCAACAAAUUUGGCAAGGUUUCCCACAGUGCCAAGGUGGUGGUUGGCGCUCAGGAGGCUCAGGUGCUUCAUAAAAAGCAGGCGAAGCAGAGCACGGACAGUGAGACCGAGAGCUCGUCCGGCAGCGAGCUGGACGACGCUUUCCGUAAGGCAGGGAGGAGACUCCACAGACUCUUCAGGGCCAAGAUCUCCACGGAGAUCUCUGAUGUGGAGGAGGAGCUCUUUGUCAGCGCGGACGAGGGGGACAUCGACGUGGUGGACCACCAGACGUACCGGGAGGACGACCAGUAUAUCUACAUCAAGUUCGAAGUCUUGUCCGAGGCCAAAACGGCCGCCACUCGGUUCAGGGAGAUGUUUGGGGCCCUGGGGAUCCCUGUGGAGAUCGAUAUUUUGGAGCAAGGCCCUAAAAAGGUUGAACUGCGUAUUGGGAAGGCCUCGCCACCCACCUUUGGGAAGUUUGCACCACCCACAGCGAGACCUCCACCGCCUUUGCUGACUUCUGACACAGCUCCCAUGUUCAUGACUGAGCUCCAGAACCAGGAGGUGCAGGAUGGGUACCCGGUGAGCUUUGACUGCAUCGUCAUCGGCAAACCACUGCCCACGGUCCGCUGGUUCAAGGAUGGGAAAGCUAUUGAGGAGAACGACCACUACAUGAUCAAUGAGGACCAGGAGGGGUGUCACCAGCUCAUCAUCACCGCCGUGGUCCCCACUGACAUGGGUGUUUACCGUUGCCUGGCUGAGAACAACAUGGGAGUGGCUUCAACCAAGGCUGAGCUUCGGGUGGACUUGACCAGCACUGACUAUGAGACAGCAGCAGAUGCAACAGAGACAUCCUCUUACUACAGUGCCAAAGAAUAUAUUUCAAGCCGAGAGCAGGAGGAAUCCACCACCGAGGAGGAGCAACUGCCCCAGAUCUUUGACGAGCUUCAUGACAUUCAUGUGGCACCUGGAGCAUCACUGGCUAAAUUUCACCUGAAGGUCAAAGGGUACCCACAGCCUCGUCUCUACUGGUUCAAGAAUGGGCAGCCCCUGAAGGCCUCUGAUCGCAUCCUGAAGACUGACAGGCAGGAAUUCCACUCCCUGGAAAUUCGGGAUGUCACCAAGGCAGACGCUGGGCAGUACCUGAUCUUUGUCAUCAACUCUGCUGGCUCUGCCUAUUCCUCGGCCAGGCUGGUGGUCAAAGAUCCCUAUGAGAAAGAGGAGCCAUCCAAAACAGAUUCCCAUGAGCAGCUGAUACCACCGAGGUUCCUUGAAAGAUUUACUAAUAAAAAGGUGAAAAAAGGUGCAAGCAUCACAUUAUCUGUAAAAGUGGAGGGACAUCCACCCCCAAGUAUUACUUGGAUGAAAGAGGAGUCCCGGAAAGACAUCCUGUGGAUCAAACCAGACACCCCUGGGUAUAAACUUGCCAGUUCCAACAUGCACCACAGCCUGAUCCUGCUGGAUGAGUGGGAACAAGUAUUCUCUGCCUUCUGUCCUCUAAUGACAAACCCUAAUCUUGCAGUGAAAGAAGCUGAAGUUCUGACCCAGGAGAGGGUGAUGGUGUCCGAAGCCAUCAUGACCACACUGGGAGCUAUUCAUCCCUCUGAAGCAAGAGAAGGAGACCUUGAAGGAAGGGAAGGUGUUCCCAAAAGCCCUAUUUCAUUAGCUGAUGUUGGCUCAGAAGAGUUCUUCCAGAAACUCACCUCACGGAUCUCGGAAAUGGUGUCUGCAAAAAUAACUCAGGCCAAGCUUCGAGUGCCAGGUGCAGAAAGUGAUGAUGAUUCAAAAACUCCCUCUGCAUCUCCUCGCCAUGGACGGUCCAGACCUUCAUCCAUAGCUCAGGAGUCCUCCUCUGAGUCUGAAGAUGGGGAUUCCAGAGGAGAGAUCUUUGAUGUCUACAUGGUCACUGCUGACUAUGUCCCUGCUGCACCUGACAGGGAAACCAUCACCCUGAAGGAAGGACAAUACGUGGAAGUCCUUGAUUCAGCUCAUCCUCUCAAGUGGCUGGUCAGGACUAAACCCACGAAAUCGAGUCCCUCUCGGCAGGGUUGGGUGUCUCCAGCUUAUCUGGACAAGAAAUUAAAGUUGUCACCAGAGUGGGGGACAACAGAAAUCCCUGAGUUUCCUGGAGAGUUUGUUUCUGAAGAUGAAUAUAAAAGGAAGCUGAGUGUUCUCAUCCAGGAACUGCUGAUCUCAGAGGAGGAUUACAUUCAAGACCUGCAGUUCCUCCUGACUCAUCACCUCAAGUACACAGAGACCUGUCCCAACGUCCCAGGAGCUGUAGCCAGUCAGAAAUCCACCAUCUUCAGGAAUAUUGAUGACAUUGGUCGCUUCCAUUCCAGUGUCUUCCUCCGGAGCCUGCAGGGCUGUGACACUGAUGAUGACGUGGCCAUGUGCUUUAUCAAGCACGAGGCAGAGUUUAACAGGUACAUCCAGUACCUGGUGGGAAGGGUACAGGCUGAGUCUGUUGUUGUCAGCAAAGCUGUCCAGGACUUCUACAAGAGAUACACAGAUGAAUUUGAAACUAAUGAAGAUCCUUCACAGCCACUUAUCCCACCACUGCAGCACUACUUGGAAAAACCCAUAAACAGGAUCCAGCAGUAUCAGACAAUAAUUAAGGAAUUAAUCCGAAACAAAGCAAGAAACAGCCAAAACUGCACCUUGCUGGAACAGGCUUAUGCUGUGGUGUCUGCACUGACCCGGAGGGCAGAGAACAACCUCCACGUCUCGCUGAUUGAGAAUUAUCCAGGGACCCUGGAGAGCCUUGGUGAACCCAUCCGGCAGGGCCACUUCAUUGUGUGGGAAGGAGCUCCAGGAGCUAGAAUGGCAUGGAAAGGACACAAAAGACACGUUUUCCUCUUCAAAAAUUACCUUGUGAUCUGCAAACCAAAGCGAGACACAAAGACAGACACCUACAGUUACAUCUUCAAGAACAUCAUGAAGUUGAACAACAUAGAUGUGAACGACCUGGUGGAAGGGGACGACCGGGCGUUCGAGAUCUGGCAUGAGCGGGAGGACCUGGUCCGCAAGUACCUGCUCCAGGCACGGACCGUGAACAUCAAGAACUCCUGGGUGAAGGAGAUCUGUGGAAUACAGCAGCGGAUCAGCGAGCCCAUCUGGAUACCUCCAGACUUCGAGGAAGAACUGGCGGAUUGCACGGCUGAGCUGGGAGAGACAGUCAAGCUGGCCUGUAAAGUGGUGGGAGCUCCCAAACCAUCCAUCAGCUGGUACAAAGAUGGAAAGCCAGUGGAGGUGGAUCCCCAUCACAUUAUAAUAGAAGAUCCCGAUGGUUCCUGCACGUUGAUCUUGGACAACCUGACAGGUGUUGACACAGGACAAUACAUGUGCUUUGCUUCCAGUCCUGCUGGAAAUGCCAGUACCUUGGGAAAGAUCCUUGUUCAAGUGCCACCAAGAUUUGUGAACAAGGUCAGAAAUGCUUAUUUUGUGGAGGGUGAAGAUGCCCAGUUCACCUGUACUGUGGAAGGAGCACCAAGGCCUCAAAUCAGAUGGUACAAAGAUGGGGUGCUGAUAAAGGACACAAGUAAAUACCAGGCUUUCAGUGAACCACGGAGUGGCAUCGUGGUCCUGGUGGUCAAGAACCCUUCCAAUGAAGACAUGGGACACUAUGAAUGUGAGCUGAUGAACAGAUUAGGGUCUGCAAAAAGUGGAGCAGAGCUUUACCACCACAGUGCUGCAGCCCUGACCCAGGAGAGGAGAGGAGACCAAGCCAUCACCAUCGAAGGAAUGACUCCCCUACAGCCAAGGAUGGAGACUUCUGUCCAGGCCUCGCUCCAACGCGCUGACAAGGAGAUCAAGACAGCCCUGAGGACACUCAUGGACUCGGCAUCGAUGCUGGUGACUCUUCCCCUGGGCAUGAGAGGAGAAGGUGGUCUUGGCCUUCCUGGGUCUGUUCCUCCAAACCUCUCAGAAACAGCAGCUGGGCCCCCUGUGCUGGUUCAUGAAGCCAGCACCCAAACCCAGGCUCCUGGAGGCCAUGACAAAGCACAGAGUCAGGUUUCAGCUGAAGAACCAAGUGUGCCAAAGCCCAGCCCUGGUCCUUCCCAGGAAGACACAGCUGCUGGAGACGGAAGCGCUCGGGAACGCACCGUUCCCAUCGACAGAACCUCACCAGAGGCAGGGGCAGGAGGCUGGUACAGGAGAGAAAGAGAUGUGGUCUGGGAUGUGCACAGUGAAGUUUAUAUUGAGACCACGGAAAGAACACGUGUGUAUAAGACUGAGGAGAAGACCCCAACAAGUCCUCCCUACAUGCAAGUGACAAUAGAGGAUGUGCAGGUGAACUCUGGGGAACGUGCCAAAUUUCAGGCAGUCAUCGAGGGAACCCCUCCACCCACCGUGCUGUGGUUUAAGGGCACUUCGUUGCUGACAGACAGUGACAGAGUCCACCAGGGGAAGGAAGGGACAACGUAUUUCUUAGAGGUGGACGAUGCUGCCUUGGAAGAUGGUGGUGUUUAUACCUGUGUUGCCAAAAAUGCAGGAGGGGAGGUUUUGUGCAAAGCAGAGCUCGUUGUACGUGAAGCUAAGAAAGACCAAGAAGGAAAGAAAGUGGCCACCAGGAGAAAGCUCCAUGCCCAUUAUGAGGUGAAGCAGGAAAUUGGAAGGGGCUGCUUCAGCUUCGUGAAACGGGUUGUGCACAAAGGGAACAGAGUGUCCUGUGCUGCCAAGUUCAUCCCUCUGCGAAGCAAAACCAAGUCUCGAGCCCACCAAGAGAGGGACAUUCUCGCCUCCCUGUCCCACGACAGAAUUACCCGGCUCCUGGAUGAGUUUGAAACGAGGAAAACACUGAUUUUGGUUCUGGAGUUAUGCUCCAGUGAAGAGCUCCUGGACCGUUUGUUCAAGAAGAGUGUGGUCACUGAAGCUGAGGUCAAAUUGUAUAUCAAGCAAAUUUUGGAAGGACUCAAAUAUCUUCACGACAACAACAUCCUUCACUUGGACAUCAAGCCACUGAAUAUCCUCAUGGUUUACCCUGAGAGGGAAGACCUGAAGAUCUGUGACUUUGGGUUUGCUCAGAAGAUCACCCCCUUUGAGCCUCAGUACAGCAAAUACGGCUCUCCGGAGUUUGUUGCCCCAGAAAUCGUUUCUCUGUCACCGGUGUCAAAAGCCACUGAUAUCUGGGCUGUUGGAGUCAUCACGUAUUUAAGCCUCACGUGCAAGUCUCCGUUUGCUGGGGAGAACGACAGGAAAACCCUCCUGAACAUCCAGAGUGGGGAGAUUUCAUGGACCAUUCCUGACGUUGUUCACUUGAGUGAAGAUGCAAAGGACUUCAUGAAAGGGAUCCUGCAGCAGAACCCCAAAGCCAGGCCUAGUGCUUUGGACUGUCUGUCCCACAAGUGGUUCAUGCACAAUGUCCCCCUUGAAGCAGCUCAUUUCAUUAAUACCAAGCAGCUCAAAUUCAUUGUGGCUCGGAGCAAGUGGCAGCGGUCUCUGAUGUGCUACAAAUCCAUCCUGGUAAUGAGGUCUAUCCCAGAAAUCCUGGAAAGGACCCACGACAACACCUCCCUGGCCAUCUCUCGACACCUCAUCGAGGAAAGCACUUCAUCCAGUACCAGUGGCUCCUCUUCAGACAACGAGAACUCGAAUUUCCCCAAGAAGAGGCACUUUGGUUCCACCCCCGAGCUGCACUUGCCCGUGUUUGAAGCACCAAGUUAUCAGGAGCCUCCAAAACGUUCAAGUGAGCAGAAGCACUCCAAGACACCAGUCCCUCCAGUAAAACCCAUGAGGAGGAAAUAUGCUUCCAUGAAAGCUGAGAUGGGGGACAAAUCACCCACAGAAAGCAAAGAGUUCAUGGCAAGUGUCUUCCAGGAGAAGGAGGAAGGGCUCCAUCCCAGUGUUCGAGAUGAAAGAGCAGAGCCAUCCCAAAGGAGCAGUGCUGCUGAGCCUUCAUCCGUGAGGGCUUCCACAGAAAGCACAUCACAUCCAGGUCAGAAAGGAAAACCAGGCAUGUCUUUAGCUGAUAAGGAGAGAAUUGAAAAGGCUGGGGAUGGCACAGAAAUGCCAUCUGCCUUUGUGCCCAGGCAGAGCGUCAUCAAAAGCACUUUCUACAGCCAAGCAACAGAGCUCCCUGCAAGGCCGCCUUCCUCACCAGGCAGGGAGUUCAGGAGGCACCUGGACAGAGCCAGGAGGACUUUCCGGAAAGGUGGAUAUUCGAAGGUGCCCCUCAGUGGUCUCCGUGAGCCCCUCCUGGAGCAGUUUGAGCUGGAAGAGGAAGAGGAAGGAGACGAUCGCAGGGAAAGCCUGCUGGGAUCCUUGACCAAAUCAGCGUCGUUUGACACUGCCAGGAAACCACCACAUCCUGCCAUUGCUGGUGCCAGCAGGAGCCGUUCCCUGGAUGACUACAGGCUGAGAGCCUCGAGGUCACUGAGGGAACAAGAUAUUUUGGAAGAAGACUGUGAUGUCUUGUCCCAGGAGAGCUGCCCUGAAGGCAGUGACCACUGUGACAUUUCUGCAGGGCCUGGCAAGGGAUGUUCUGUAGACACAUCAAAGCAGGAGGAAGUCAGGAGAGCCAGCAAGGAUUGUUCAGGAGAGAAGCCCUCUCCUUCCACACAUUGUGAGGGUAAUGAGUGCCCAGCUGCUUUUAUGCAACAGGCUGAGGGACUUCCAGUGUCACCUCACAGGAGUGAAAAUAGGAAACCUUUACUGAAGAAGUCAAAAGCUACUGAGAUUGAGGAGGAUGUCGAAGAUUUGGAAGGCAAAAGCCCCAUUCUGACUGCCCAGUGCUCAGACAUAACUGCAUCAGCAGCCCAAAAACAUGAGAGCCUGGAAGGUAAAUCUGCUUUUCAGGAGGGCAAAGAGUCCAUUCCAACCCUGUCACAGUCAGAGGCCACCUCUGAGUCAUCUCCCACGAGUAAAGGAGGUGUGUGUCUGCCCCAGCAGUCAGCUCACAGCACUGACAUCCACCCGGAUCAAAAAGGUGGAACGUUGCUGAUCAAAAGGACGGCCCCAGUUCCACCUUGGAAGGACAAAAGGCAGAAACAUUCAGGUGAAAAGACCUCUGCUCACGGUGUUGCUGAGUCUGAACUCAUGGAGCAUGAAAGCUCUGCUGUUCCAGCAGAACAGACAGAGACCGAUUCAUUUCCAGUACGUAAAGACAAAAGUCGGGAACUUCCCGGGGAAAGUGUUCCAGCAGCUCCUGUCUCUCUGGGCAAGCAGCCAGGUGCCCUCACAGCUGGUGAAGGGGCUCCUCAGAAGGUGAAGACCCGCAAAGAGGUGAGAUCUGCUGUCCUGGAGGAGGAAGGGCUGGGUGUGACAGGAGUCACUCCACCAUCAGCCCAUGCUGGUGAAAGCCAAGCUCACAGAAAGGCUCCUGCUCAUGGAUUCACAGCAUCAGCCAGCCUGAAAGGAGAGCACCUUGCUGUUCCCAAAGUCGCAUCACCACAGCCAGUGCCGACUGCGGUCUCUGGUGGAGCACAGGCUGAAAGGGAAGGGCCAGCUUACAGCAAGGAGAGGUUUACUGCCCUGAGGAGCGAAAGCUCUGCGGUCACAGAGGUUGUUCCCAGCUUGACCCAUGAAGGAGCCAAACCCCAGAAGGUUCCUGAAGGCCAUGGUGUUCCAGAGAGCAGACACACAGCGGGAACGGUGUCCUCCCAAAGCACUGCUCUCCCUUCGGUCUGCCAGAGGGAAAAACAGGAACAUCCAGCCCUUCACAGCGAGGUGACAUCUGCUGUGACACCAAGUGGAAGCUCAGCAACUGUGCAGACCACAGCUGCUCCUUUCCCCAAGGCUGGACAUCGGGUGCUGGAGCAGCACAGGGCUGCCGGUCCCAGUGCUGGGAUUUCUGAUGAUCUGGGGGGUGCCUUAACUGCUGCACAACCAGAAGGUGCUCCAGCUUCAGCCUAUGAAGUAGAAUAUGAGGAACAUCCAAAGGUCCAUGGUGAGGGUGGAGGCGUUGCCUUAGAAAGUGGAAGAUCUGAUGGUGGGAAAGCUGUCCCAGCGUCGCUCCGCAGGGAUCGCCGUCAGGAGCAAUCACAUCACAGGUCUUCCUUCUACAGUGAUGAGGAGUCUGCUGUGCUGGAGGGCUUAGUGGACGAGAUGGUUUCCCUCUCUGAAGAGAUGAAUGUUUGGGCAGAGUCAGUUUCUGGAGAGAAGGAGAGCAGAAAGCACAUCUCUCCUCCCACACAGGUGUUCUACAAAGGCCCAGGUAGCCAAGCACCCAGGGACACCUCCUCCCCUUCUGUAAAACAGGGUGAAAGAGGGGAAGCCUCUGAACAGGAUGACCUUGAAGAACCCUACCUUGCUGUGAGUGAGGAGUCAGAGGCACUGGAAGGGCAGGGAGCACAGACAGUUCCUCGUGAAUGUGAACACCUGGAGGACGUGGCGUUUGAGAGCCCAACUUCCAGCCGAGCCAGCGUUUCCUCAACAGAGAGCUUGGACACCGGGAAAAGACCCAGCUGGGUGUCAGUGAUAAAGGACACCGGGAAACACCCAGAAGUGUCUUUGGUGAAAAUCAAAGACCUGUCAGAUGAAACCCCCAGUACUGGCAGCGGCCCUCAAAAAUUUGACAUCUCAGAGGUGGAACCUGCCUACUUGAACUUCUCUGACUUGUAUGACAUCGUCUAUUUUCCGUUUGAAUUUCUGAGCUACAAGAAGCCUUCGCCCAAGCCAGUUCGUAGACGGUUUAUUCCUCUCGGUGAAAGGGCAAGGUCCCCUCCUGCAGGGCAUCUGCAUAAGGAGAAGAGGCUGUGCAUCAGGGAGCAGGCAGAGGACAAGAACAGGAAGAACCAUUUGGAAAUAUCUGAGGAUUCAAAGGCAACUCACUUAGUGGCCAUGGGGAAAGGGCCAGAGAGCCAUAAAGAAAUGUACGGCUCCCAAAAGGACUCCAGUGGGAAGCAGAAAAGCUCCUUCCACACCAAGCCAGGACUCUUUAAGCCAUAUGCAAGGUCUCAUUCAGUGGAGCUGUCAGUGGAGCAGAGUCUGAAGAAGAAAGUAAAAGCUUCUGUUGCCCAUAUUUCAAGAAUCCUAAAAGGAAAGACAUCUCCCGAGCCAGAGGCAGAGGAAGAGUUUGGUGAGCUGGGAAGUGAGGCAACAGAAAAAGAGCUGUUAACAGGGGCUGAAGGAUCUCUGAAGAGGAAAUCAGCACUCUCCUCAUUCAAGUUGCCAAGCCUCAUGCCAAAGGAGAAAGCCCCAUCCUUCACUGAGGAGCUCAUGGACCAGGCUGCUGCCGUGGGACAGUGCGUGACGCUGUCGUGCCGGACGGCAGCUCACUCCUCCCUGCACAUCAACUGGUUCAGAGACGGGAUCCCUGUCCAGAGCAGCAGCCGGAUCCUCAUCUCAUCCACCCUCAAACACUUCCAGCUCCUAACUAUUCUCUCUGUUAAUCCUGAGGAUUUUGGUAUUUACACCUGUGUGGCCACAAACUCCCUGGGCUCAGCAUCCACCUCUUGUGUCAUAAGAAAAGCAGAGGUUCCUCCCAGCCCUCCACCCCCUGACAUGGUGGAAGUCUACAAGGAUGGAGUGCAGGUGGUCUGGAAACCUGUGGAGACCAACACCCCUGUCCAUUACACCAUCCAGUGCAAGAGUGAAGAUGGGGAGUGGACAACUCUGGCUUCUGACCUCGCCGACUGCUGCUACUAUGCCAAAAAUCUGCCCAAGGGGUUUAUCUACCACUUCAGGAUUGCCUGCACCAGCAAAGCAGGAAUGGGCCCCUACAGCGACCCUUCUGCCAGUGUGAAAAUCACCGGGGAGGAUCCAAUGGAGCUUCGUGCUGCAACACAGGACAUCCCAGCACCUGCUGCUGAGGAAGAGAGUGAAAUAAUCACACCAUCCGAGCCCUUCCCAACCUAUCAGACCUACGCCUUCCAAACAGAAAUCAAAAGGGGGCGAUUCAGCAUCGUCCGACAGUGCAGGGAGAAAGUGAGUGGCAAGACCUUGGCUGCAAAAAUCAUCCCUUACUGGCAAGAGGACAAGCAGACUGUGCUCCUGGAGUACCAGGUCCUGAGGAAGCUCCACCACACAAACAUAGCCCAGCUGAAGGGAGCCUAUGUCAGCCCACGGCACUUGGUGUUGAUCCAGGAGGUGUGUGUGGGACCAGAGCUGCUCCACUCCUUGGCACUACGGACAUCGUACUCGGAAGUGGAGGUCCGGGACUACCUGUGGCAGAUCCUCAGUGCCACCGAGUACCUCCAUGCCCACAACAUCCUGCACUUGGAUCUCAGGUCUGAGAACAUGAUCAUCACCGAGCCCAACCUGCUGAAACUCCUGGAUUUUGGGAACGCACAGUUCUACGCACAAGACAAAGUCAUUACCAUGGACAAGUGCAUGGACUAUGUCGAAACCAUGGCUCCAGAACUGCUGACAGAGCAAGGAGCCCUCCCACAGACUGAUAUUUGGUCCAUCGGAAUCACAGCCUUCAUCAUGUUGAGUGCCAACUACCCCGUCAGCUCCGACGUCCCCUGUGAGUUCCUGAGAACCACCAGGAAGGGCAAAGUGAAGCUCACACGGUGCUACGCGGGUCUGUCUGGGGGGGCUGUGUCCUUCCUCCAGAGCACUCUCUGUGCAAACCCCUGGGGAAGACCAUCAGCCUCCGAGUGCCUUCAGAGCCCGUGGCUCCAGGAGACAGGUUUGGACAGCAGGCAGCAAGCACUGGUUACCUUCCCCACCACCAAACUGAGGAAUUUCCUCAUGGAAAGGGAAAAGAAGAGGGGCCUGCUGUGCUCCAAGUACGGCCUCAUGAUUGCACAGUGACGUGGAUGCGACAGGCAGGAACUGCCCCUCUGUCCCUUCUGCACUCAGUGUUUGGUACUAAACCAUCCUGCCAAGCUGGUGUCCAUCAGCUGAGCUGGGGUCACUGCUCCCUGUGUUUGUGCUGGUGUGUCCUGCCUGCCACAGGCUGUUCCUGCGUAUUCUGUGACUUGUUGGGUAACUGGGCCAGCAGAGAGGGAAGGCAGCAAAUGCACCAGUGACCACGGCCUUGUAACAUGCACGUGUUGUCCUUUGGCACUUUGAAGCCAGGCUGCUCUUCCCUGGGGAGUGCACAGGCCCUUCUACCCAGAGAUGUGCCAAAGGCUCCGUGUUUUAAUUCUUUAAAAAAAUCCUGACAUUUCACGUUGUUUCUCCUUCCAACCCUGCUUUCCUCUGCAAUGGGUGGUGUUGGCUGUGUCAUGGCUUUGUACUCAUAACCUCAGUGCUCCUUCGAGUUUCUCUGCAGUGAUUGAUGUAUCUGUUGGUGCCACUGACUUCCUUCGAUUUUCCACACAAGCAGCAUUAAGUGGAGGCUUUCUCAGAGCUGUAUCUGUCUGUGUUUAGAGGAAGGAACACAGAAAACAGUUCCUGAUGCAUUGCAGUUUCAUACUAGAGUUGAGGCUGUUUAACCAGGGAUGGCCUUUCCCAACAUGUUUAACCCCUGUUGUUCCAAACCUGAAGGAUGCAGGUUGUGACUCCUUCCCUUGCUCAGUGUGCAGAGCAGGAGCUGUGACCUGGAACGUUUUCCCUGUGCUGUCUAGAGCAGGCACCGACUCAGCAGGUUGUAAAACUUUGUUGAAGGAGUAUUGUCUUCAUUAAGCUCUGCAGGAGAGAAAACCAGGGGUUUAGGGACAGACUCCACACUCAGCUCUCUCAGGGGAUAGAAGAGUUACACAAGACAGACACCACAAUGAGAGCUGCCCCUCAGUGAACUUUUCAAAUUUAUUCCUGGAUUCCUUCCAAUUUAACUUCUCUCACAAAUCCAGUCAGGUUUUUGUUGGCACAGGCUGGUUUUUUACUCUUGCUGUUGCACUUUGGGAUGGAAAGCUCAGUGCCAGUGGAGAACCCACCCAAGCAUAAAACUUAAUUGCAGAUUAACUCAUUUGGAGCUUUCACACUCUUCCAUAUAUGACUUUUUUUUUUUUUUUUGCUUCUCACAACUGCAUGCAUUUGAGCAUGUCUGAAGUCUUUUAUAGACUCAAUACUGUUUGGUUAAAUAAACCAUUCUGACAAACAAGUAAAGCCAGAUUUUUCUGCUGAA